GUGAAGGUGCGGGGUUCGGCCGCGGGCUCUGAGCGGGAGACCGCACGGGACUGGAUGACAGGCUAAAGCUGGGCCUAAUUUUGUCUGAUCUCUGUUCUCCUGUCUCCAUGUUCUUGCAGCCCCUGCCCGAUGGCAGCAGUAGUUCUAGGGGGAGACAUCAUGGGUCCUGAACGUAUCUUCCCCAAUCAGACUGAAGAACUCGGGCCACACCAGGGCCCUACAGAAGGCACUGGGGAUUGGAGCAGUGAGGAGCCAGAGGAAGAGCAAGAGGAAACAGGAACAGGCCCAGCUGGCUACUCCUACCAGCCCCUGAACCAAGAUCCUGAACAAGAGGAGGUGGAGCUGGCACCAGUGGGAGAUGGAGAAGAUGUAGUUGCUGAUAUCCAGGAUCGAAUCCAGGCCUUGGGGCUUCAUUUGCCAGACCCCCCAUUAGAAAGUGAGGAUGAAGAUGAAGAGGGAGCUACAGCAUUGAGCAACCACAGCUCUAUUCCCAUGGACCCAGAACACGUAGAGCUGGUGAAAAGGACCAUGGCUGGAGUAAGCCUGCCUGCGCCAGGGGUUCCUGCCUGGGCUCGGGAGAUAUCAGAUGCCCAAUGGGAAGAUGUGGUACAGAAGGCCCUCCAAGCCCGGCAGGCCACCCCUGCCUGGAAGUGACCACCCUGAGGCUGCCUUAUCUCCCUGCAUUCGAGGCCAGAACCAGCACAGGACUGAACGCAUCCUGGUUGUAGUGUCCAUCUCCAUCCUCCCCACCUCCCUCUCCACAUCAAGGCAAAUCAGACGUCUUCUCAGAGACCCACUUUAUUCAGUUCUGUACAUAUGGGGACAUCCACCCAGGCCCAACCCACCUUAGCAUGUAUCACUCUGUGGAGAAUAAAGCACCCUAUGUACACAGCCAGAAGCUGUGCUGCCUGUGCCCCUGGACCUCAAGCCCGGCCCUCCCCAGCGUCUUGUCCCUCCAGGGUGCCUGAAAGGGACAAGGGAGGGCCUGGCUAGCAUCAGUACAAACAAGGAAAUAAAUAGGUGUUGGGGGGAGCCAUGCUUGGGGCACUGCUCCCUGCUUCCUUCCUCCCGGCUUUGGCAACCAACACCAUAGAGCAGUCAGCCCCAGGGUGGUCCCUUCUGUGUCAAUGAUCCCGGGGCUGCUGUUCACCCAAAAGGGGGCACAGGGUGGGGUGUUUGUUCAUCCCUUUCUCUUGGUCCAUCAGGGCUCCACAUUCACCACCUCUUGUCCAGAGCCUAUGCUUUCUCCCUUCUGCCCUCCCACGUUGUCUUGGUCAGGCAGAAGGUAAGAGGAAAUAACGCACCCCCAUC